CCUCACUGCCCCUCACUCGGGUCAGUGACACCCAACGUCAAGGUGAGGGCCUGGACUUUGCCUCUGCUCCCCACAUACCCGCCCCCCCCCACCGCCAUCUACAGCACUUCAUUUGGUGAGAUGAAACUGCCUUUGUGGAGGAUGUCUGCCCCUGCCCCUCAUGUGCCUUUAAGAAAAUUGUAAAUUCCCCACCCAGUCGCGGAAGAAACGGGCCUUGUGUGGGAAUUUCAGAAACACACACAAGUGGGGGGGUGACGGGAUCACCCAGGAGCCACCAUUAGCCUUUCUCCUUGGGGAUCAUGUUCUUACCCCAAUAUGUAAACGUCCAAAAUCAAAGACUAGGAAACGGUUCCCAGAGGUCCCGUUACUGGCCCCCCCCUUGGGUUCACCUGCUUGUUCCCACCACUCCACUCGCUCUUUUCUCUCGCCCCACAUUGUAUUCAGGAAUCGUCAUGCACAGCGCAGAUUUACAUGAGUCUGCGGCUUGGUGACUGCAGGAGCAAGUGACCUUUGAGGACGUGGUUGUGGACUUCACCCAGGAGGAGUGGGGGCAGCUGGAGCCUGCCCAGAGGACCCUGUACCACGAUGUGAUGCUGGAGACCUUCAGGCUCCUGGUCUCCGUGGAUUUGGAAACUCGACCCAAAACCAGACUGUCAGCUCCAAAGCAAGACGUCACGGAGAGAACAGCCAGCAGUGUCCUGGUGGGAAGGUUCCUGGGGGACAGCCUGUGGUACCCUGAGGGUGGCGACGCCGAGGGCCGCCGGGGACAGAGCCGUGCGGCGCGAGCAGCCCUCACGCCUGGGAAGACGCCCGCGCAGCAGCAGCAGCAGGGCAAUGGGUUCGGGGAAAACCUGACUCUGAAGCCCAGAGUCCCACCUCAGCCACCGGCUCCCGAAAGACACGGCCUCCGCAUGCCGGGGACGCGCGGGAAGAGGGGCAAGCCAGAACCAGAGUUCAGUGCCCAACAGAAAACGGACGCAAAGGAGAAGCCCUACAAAUGUCAGGCCUGUGGAAAGGCCUUCGGUCACAGCUCAGCACUUACCGAGCACCACCGCACGCACACGGGAGAGAGACCCUAUGAGUGUCACGAAUGCGGAAAAGGCUUCCGAAACAGCUCAGCACUUGCCAAACACCAGAGAAUCCACACCGGUGAGAAACCGUACAAGUGCACUCAGUGUGGGAAAACCUUCAACCAGAUUGCCCCACUGAUCCAGCACCAGAGGACUCACACGGGGGAGAAGCCCUACGAGUGCGGGGAGUGCGGAAAGGCCUUCAGUUUCAGGUCCUCCUUCAGUCAACACGAGCGGACUCACACAGGGGAGAAGCCCUACGAGUGCGGGGAGUGCGGCAAGGCCUUCCGGCAAAGCAUCCACCUCACCCAGCACCUGCGAAUCCACACGGGGGAGAAGCCCUACGAGUGCGGGGAGUGCGGCAAGGCCUUCAGCCACAGCUCGUCCCUGACCAAACACCAGCGCAUCCACACGGGGGAGAAGCCCUACGAGUGCCGCGAGUGUGGGAAGGCCUUCACGCAGAUCACACCGCUGAUUCAGCAUCAGAGGACCCACACGGGAGAGAAGCCGUACGCGUGCAAUGAGUGUGGGAAGGCCUUCAGCCAGAGCACGCUCCUGACCGAGCAUCGGAGGAUCCACACGGGAGAGAAGCCCUAUGGGUGCAAUGAGUGUGGGAAGACCUUCAGCCACAGCUCAUCGCUCAGCCAGCACGAGCGGACUCACACGGGGGAGAAGCCCUACGAAUGUCAGGAUUGCGGGAAGUCAUUCAGGCAGAGCACGCACCUCACUCAGCACCAGAGGAUCCACACGGGGGAGAAGCCCUACGAGUGCGGGGAGUGCGGCAAGGCCUUCAGCCACAGCUCGUCCCUGACCAAACACCAGCGCAUCCACACGGGGGAGAAGCCGUAUGAAUGUAACGCGUGUGGCAGAGCCUUCAGCCAGCUCGCCCCCCUCAUUCAGCACCAGAGGAUCCACACGGGGGAGAAGCCCUAUGAGUGUAACGCGUGCAGCAGAGCCUUCAGCCAGAGCUCCCUUCUCAUAGAACACCAGAGGAUUCACACUAAGGAGAAGCCCUACGGGUGCAACGAGUGUGGAAAAUCCUUCAGCCACAGCUCAUCACUCAGCCAGCACGAGCGGACUCACACGGGGGAGAAGCCCUACGAAUGUCAGGAUUGCGGGAAGUCAUUCAGGCAGAGCACCCACCUCACUCAGCACCGGAGGAUCCACACAGGAGAGAAGCCAUAUGCGUGCAGGGACUGUGGGAAAGCCUUCACACACAGCUCGUCCCUCACCAAGCACCAGAGAACUCACACCGGGUAGGCCCACGUCACACUCGCUGGGACGUGGGAAAGCCUCAAGUCAUAGCUCAUCCCUUACCAGACUUGACCCAGGCACUCUCAACGGAAACAACACAAGUGUAUGCAUAUGCAAGCCUUGGCACACAGUACACGCCCCAGACACCCUCAGAGAGAAGUGAUGGAAAGGACUGUGGGAGUUUGGAGCUCCAGGUCACCCAUCCCCGGAUAUCAGAUCAUCCAGACAGUAGUAGGGAGCUGUGGAGUUAGGUCACCCAUCCCCGGAUAUCAGAUCAUGCAGACAGUAGUAGGGAGGUGUGGAGUUAGGUCACCC